AUGUCCUUCCGCUUCAGGGAGUCACAUCUCUAUGGUAGCUACGGAUACUACGAUACUGUCAAUCCCUCGAUUGCUUUGAACGAUACGCGAAAUUGGGCAGAUGGUCGGAAAAGGAAAGUGGCCUGGUUGGCUUCCAACUGUGGGAACAGCCCGUUCCUCCACUGGAACAGAACAGGGUUCGUCAGAGAACUCUCCAAACUUGUGGAUGUCGGCAUGUACGGAAAGUGCGGCGAAGCAGGUGCCUGUCCCUCACGGUUUCAACAGGUAAACGGAAAGGACUAUUUGUCCUCUUGUAACGAUUUCCUUCGGCAGUUCAAGUUCUACCUCGCCCUUGAGAACUGCGCCUGUCGGGACUACAUGAGCGAAAAAUUCUGGAACCAUGCCUACAACCUGGAUUUGGUCCCCAUUGUGUUUGGACCAAGCCGCGCAGACUACGAGGCGGUAGCUCCACCGAAUUCAUUCAUCCAUGUCGAGGACUUUGAAACGCUCCAGGACCUGGCCGACUAUAUCAACCUUUUGGACAGAAAUGACCAUCUCUAUAACAAGUUCUUUGAAUGGAAGAAAUAUGGGUCUGUAGUCGUCAGUAGAGAACAGUGGCUCUUUGAGCCUAAGAAUAUGUGUCAAGUCGUCAGGAGACUGUUAGCUGACGAGAAGGCAGAAAGGGAGGGUAUCCAGACGCCUUCCCUUCCCGACUUAACAGAGUGGUGGACAAAUUCCUGUCGCCAAAGCAUUCCAGAAUUUCCAAUUAAGAUGCAGAGACAAUAG